AUGGAGACGCCCAUUGAGGUUCUUCGCAUUCAGCACAGUGCAAUAUCCAAGGAAUUGAGUCGGUUCAGGGCAUGCGAUAGUGAGACACGGUGCUUGUAUUGUCGUGAAUGGUCUCAGUAUGUCUACAAGAAGCAUUUCAUAUGGAGUGCGAAAACGCAGGAAGAUGUGACCAUGGAGGACCCAGAACGUCUAUUGGCCGGCAAGUACCAGAUCAACCUGUUGAAUGGAACAACGCCUUCGAAGCAAAAGGAAAGAUCGCCAAAGUUGUCAGAACGCUUUGAAAAGCUAUUGGAGACACAGUCUGAAUCGAGCAGCGAUGCGACAUUGACCGAAGAGAUCAUAUCAGCAUGCACACUAUGGCAGACGUUACCUAGCAGCUUAUCAGCCUUACCACCUAUCUUUGAACCCGUUCAGUUCAACCCAUAUCCUGACGCGAUACCUUUAUCGGAUGAUCCAAAGGAGCCUUCACAGCUACUCGACCCUUUGAUUAUUGAACGACAAUCAUUAUGUCUACCAGCUGAAGGAUUUCAUCUACUCAAGAAUCUUACAGGCGAUAUCCUCAUGUCACAUUCUCAACCCACGUGUGCACACACUCGGCCAUCAGCACGUUCACCAUCAGAGCUGGAGACUGAGCGUGCCAUUUACAAUGAGAAACUUGCAGCAGUGACGACAUCCGCUAUGAACGAUUUGGAGCGUGCUCUUGACCAUUCAUGGCGUCAUCUCAGUGAAUUUCUUCAACGCUUACUUGAUUUGGAACGAGAGCGCAAUGCAUUGAUGGGUCGUAGAUCAAAAGACAGUGUGGAUCGAUUUGCCGACGCACAACAUCUACCAACGAGUUUUCAGGAACAUUGGGAUCGUGCUAUGCUUGUCUACAAGAAGAAACGGCCCGAUGUCGCUGCUAUGGAUAACGCUGUACGAGAUUACUUUGAUCAAUUGGCGGGAUGCGUUGAGCGAUUUCACAAUGAAUUUGCAAUGCCACGAUUGGAUGCAUUACAAGCCUUGAUUCAAAAGUUAUGGGAUCUCGUGGUGCCAACUAUUCAAAAAAUGGCGGAUCGGAUGGCAUCUCAUGAGCAACAGGAUGAACGUCACAUGGAGAAUUGCAAAGCUGUAUCAGCAUCCUUACGUGGAUUACACCCUGCUGAUGAUGUCAAUGUCGCCGUUCGCCGUAUUCAGACAGAGAUGGAUCGUCGUAUUCGAGAAUUUCGGCAGGAUGCCAAUGCCGUUGUCAACAAUUUCACUGCAGAAGCCAAAGCAACAGUAGCUGGACGACUAGAGAAACUUGCUCAAAAGGAUUUCAAGAAGCGUGUCAAGCGAGCAGAGAAUGGAUACAAUGCUUUGCGACAAUAUUUCAAGUAUGAGGUCACCCAAAAGAUCUUUCCAGAGCCACUGUUUUGCAAAUUUUGCCUUGUUUGCAUUGAAGCUCUUAUGCAAGAAGGGGAAGUCAUGGAGGCUGUCACGAUUGAAAAGGAGGUCAAGCGUUUUCUCGAGUCACACAAGGAUCUGGUGCGCCAACGUCAAUUAUUACUCAAUGAAUUUGAGGAUGGUGUCCAAACAGGUCGGCGUGAAUUGGCUGGUGUAUUGGGGAAGCUCUUUUUGAAGGAGGGAAUGCGUAUCCAAGGCGAGAAUUUGGCUCUCAAGCGACAAAAUAUGCUUCUUCAAUCGAUGAAACUCAAUGAUUCGCAAGACGCUCAAUCCACAUCUUCCAGCAGCAAAAAGAAGAACAAGAAGAAAAAGAAGAAAAAGAAAGGAGCAGCAGCAGCAGCAGCAUCGUCAUCAUCAUCAUCGCAGCCAGCCAUCACCAAUGAUGCUACAUCCAUUUCAGCCAAUGAAAGCAGCCGUGCACCAUCAACUUGUUCAUCACCCAAGCCAGCAGUUGAAACGACAAAGCAUCUACCGGCGAAUGGUAUAUCGGAUGAUCAAGAAAAGCAGUCGAUGGAUGAUAAAGGAGAACAAGAGAAAUUGGAUCAGCAGCAGGAGGAGAGCCAACAAGAUGUCAUUGUGGAUACGAAUGAUUCCAAGGAUGAUACCACAAAGGAAGAGCAGGAAUCACCAUCAAUUGAGGAUCAACAAGAGGAGGAUGGAUGGAUGACUGUGACAUCUUCAAAACGCAAAAAGGACAACAACAACAACCAUCGUGAAGCAGCUUUGGAGAGCAAAUCGGAAACAAUCACACCAUCGACACCAACAACGCCUACGACUAUACCUGAAAAUUCACCCUCCAUUGCUACAGUUACAUCUACCAUGUCAUCCAAACAACCAGAAUCUUCCAGGCCAGCUGAAGCAGUCAAUGUUCCUUCUUCUUCAUCAUCGCCACAGCCACCAACACAAGAAUCGAUUCCUCUUGUUGAGGCAGCUACGCCAAGAGACACAUAUCAGGAACAGCAAAGGCAACCAGAGCCAUCAUCAGCACAACAACUUCAACCCCCUGGUCUCAGCAAUGAUUCAUCAGAUCAAGUUUCGAGUCUAUCGCAUGAUCAAUUGGUUGCCUUGGUUACAAGUUUACGGCAGGAAAAUGAGCAAUUGAUGCAAGCGGUGACUGCCAUGCGACAAGAGAUGGGAAUGGUAUCAAGGCAAUAUGCAGAAAUGAUGGCAUUAUCUCGAGAGCGUGAGGAGCAAAUGGCACAAUUAUAUGAAACGCGUCGACGAGCUGAUAUGGAAGAAGCGAGACGACACAUUUCGGCCUUGGAAGCCAAAGUUUCGGCUAUGCAACAACAUGACGGCUUAUCACCUAUCAAAUGUGGGCCACCACCACCCUCGCCCGCAUCCAUUGGAGCCAAUAGCAGCGGUAUGGGAGGAGGAGGCGGAGGAAUUGGAUCAGGUGUCAUGGCAGGCUUUGGCAACCAAGAUCUUUUUGCUGGAUAUCGAGAAGAAAUGCGCUCUCAGCAAUACAAUGCACGCCACCUUUGGCAAAAUUCCAUUCGAAUGCGCUGUGGCAAUUGUGGCGGUCUUGGUCAUGCUAGCUCUGAUUGCAAGGAUGCAUGUCGAUAUUGUGGCUCGAACGAUCAUUUAUCCGAAUCAUGUCAAUUCAUUAGUUAA